AUGACAACCCCGGAAGAGAAGCUCCUCCUGGGAGUCUUGACUCAAUUCGAACUUGGACGCAUUGACUAUGAUAGUAAGAAUUCUCAUUUGCAUUUUCAUUCCCAAUAAUCUGAGUGUUUGUAUUUCAUAUAUCUUAAAUCACAUCAUCACAGAAUCAAAUUACGCUAACACAUAUACUCUUCACAGAACUUGCCACUUUCAUCGGCGUUGCCACCCCCAAAGCCGCUCGCUGCAGAUGGGAUCGCUACAAACAAAAACUUACAAAGGGCGCAGGACCAACCACUCUAAGAAGGACAAUUGGAGUGAGCAAGAAAAUUGGAUCUGUGUCGCCAAAGAAAGCAGGAGAUAGUCCCAAGAAGAAUACACAAGGAAGUCCCAAGAAAUCACGUGGCCGGGUAAUCAAACAAGAGAGCGACGAAGAAGAUGAGGAAAUGGAUACGGAGGAAGAAGAGGGCGAGGAAAAGGAUUGUGAGAAGGGAGACAUGGAUGCUGACAUCAAGAUGGAGGAACCAGUUACGCCAUUGCGCAAGUUGCCGUCUCGACGGGCGAGAGUUACCAAGUUUGUGGAAGAGACUAGUGAUGCGGAAGACGAAGAAGAAGACGACGAAGAUAUGCAGGUGGCCGCGGAAGUUGAGAGAAUGAAAGAUCUAUCUGUCAAGGAUGAGGAUGAUGAAGGCGAUUAUAAAACCUAG